AUGCCACGCCGUUCACAGGACCAGAUCGCAGCAGACUGUGGCUUAGCACCCGGACAAAAACCCACAGCACUCCAGAUUUGCCAAUCUAAAGAAAUUUCAAAACAACGCGAGGCCUCUGCUAGCACCUCCAAAUCUCAACCACCAAAACUGCCUAAACUCAAGGUCCCUCAGUCAACAGCAACCGCUAGUACCUCCAAAUCUCAACCACCAAAACUGCCUAAAGUCCAGGUCCCUCAGUCAACAGCAACCACUGUUGCCUCUCAUUCGAAUCUAACUGUUGGCUCCUCCUCUUUCAAGCCUCCCUUGAAACCGAAAUCGAAAGUUGUCAAGAACCAGAUCAAUUUAGAAGAAAUUGAAGUCAAGGAUCCUGUUAAUGGCCCACGGUUUGACCUGAACGACUUGGAUCACCUCCUCAAUUUGAUGUCCAUGCAAGAAAACCAAGAUUGUCUCUUUGGUUCUGGAAGCAUAACAGCCGUGGAUGGGACUUCUCGAACGGGUUGUUGGGAAACCCUUGCGGCUUUAAUGAAUGUCUAUCAUAAUGAUCGCCACAAGAAAUCUUCAGCUAAUGCCAACAACAAAAUGAGACUCACUGGUGAAGAAAUGUCGAAGAGAUGGAGACGCAUCAAAGACAAAUAUCUUGACACUAAGCGUUACUUCGAUAAAUCAACCGGUACGGGUUUGCUAGAUAAAGAUAUUGCUAAAGGACUUGAUACCGCUGAGAAGAAAAAAGAAUAUAUGUGCCCAAGAUAUGAUGUCAUUCAUGAAAUUUUUGGUCACAAAGCAAAUGUAACUCCGCAUGCAAUCCUUGAUACAGCAAGACCAACUCAGAUUUCUAUCCCUACUCUGGAUCAAAUCAAUGAAGAUGUAGUUAUCGAUCCAACCUUGGAUGCUGAGUAUCAUUACAAAUCAAAUGACUUUGAGAUACAGCCUGAAUAUCAUCAUGAAUACCCUCACCAAUCUCCACCACCUCGUCGAACUACUGUCAACUUGAAAGACAACAUUGAUGAUAUGGCUUCUUCACAAGUUUUGGGUAUUCAACUUCAAUCAACAACACCUGGAUCCAAACAAUUGUCACCUGCUCAUGACAGUGAUCUUCGAUACUCGACUCCUGACUUACCCAAUCCUAUAUCACCAACUCCUGACUUACCCAAUCCUAUAUCACCAACUCCUGACUUACCCGAUCCUUUGUCACCAACUCCUGACUUACCCGAUCCUAUAUCGGCCAAUGAGGAUGGUGCUCAAUCAAUCAGAAAGGCUACCAGGACAGCCACGAAGCGCAAGCGAGGCGCUGAAUCAGUUGCCAAUCGACCAAUGAAACCCUUACCUUUGGUUGAUCCUAAUCCAGGCCGCCACAAGGCACCAGCAGCUACGAUUGUCAAAGAUCGUGAUCAAAAAUGUUUUGAUUUUUUUGAUAAAAAGACAGAGGAGAAAAAGAAAGCAGGAAGCGAUCUAAUUGAAGCUCAAGGAAAAAUAGCUGGAGACGCUUUGAAAUGGGACAAAGAAAAGUAUCAAAAUGAAUGUAAACAGGCUGAGAAAGCAGAGAGUUCAAAAGCUAAGAUUGCAAGUGAGCUGGCUGAUAAGAAUAUUAACUGGGAAAGGGAGAAGUUUAACAAGGAAGAUUCAAGAUUGGUAAAAGCUGAAGAGGCUCGAGUGGAAGCAGAAAGAAUCAAGACUCGCCGAGAGGUCAUGGAAUCAUGUCAACUAAAGAACAUGUCUGUUCAGGAGAUGAAAGCAUAUAUGGAUUUAUUAUUUGAAAAGUGA